GUGCAAUAAAUGCCCAAGCAGCUUUCUUUUCGCAUAGCAGCACUGGAGAUUGACUGCUGCGUGGCUGCUUUAGUGGACAUUUGUGGAGACGAGCAGAGCAGGGCAGAGUGGACAAUUGUGGAGAGGAGCAGAGCAGAGUGGAGGGUUGCUAGGCCCGUCCCGUCAGCGAAAAGUGCGGAGGGAGGGCUCGCCUUGUGGCUUCCUGGCCCCCUGCAUCGGACGGCUGUAUUGCAGAUGCGCAUCCGAGCAGCCGGGUAGCGGGGGCCAGUGGACGGACUGAGGGACAGGCGGACGGACAGACGGGUGCGGUACGCCGAGAGGUCGGGAUCGAGCCAAGUUGACAGAGUUUAACUAUUAACCAUCCACGUAACCGUACGCGCCGGCUACACCAUACUUAAGGGGUGCACAACGGCACGCGCCUCAGCUCAGCUCAGCUCAGCUCAGCCCAGCCCAGCCCGAGCGUGGAAGCAAGCAAGCAAGCAAGAAAGGAAAGAAGGAUAUACAUGCAGCCAGACACUUCGCCGGACUCCAACCCGGGUCGUGUCCGGGCCACGGACACGCAAAGCUUAUGGUCCACUCUGUUUGGAGGAGUCCCUUCCCGUGGCUGGUAAUUCAAUCUUGGUGCUGCAGACCUUUAAAUAUCUUCAGCGAAAAGACCUUUCCAGCAGCCACGUGGUGUAAGCCGGGACUCUUGACCAGCGGAGGUCAUUGCGGUGAGUCCCUCCGCCAAGUCACUGAACUGGUAUGCUUUGUUGUUUUUCUUGCCAGCCCACAGGGAACUGCUUGCAUUGAAUGGAGAACAUACUGGUCCUGCUCCCAAAACACCGUCAGGAACACAGGGUGUGCAGACAAACGGAUGCACGUGCUUUGCUCCAAUUUAUUUUCCCCAACAGAGCGAUUUCCAUUUGGGCUUUGGAGAACCGUAAGACCGCAUUUUUAAUGGGCUAAAUUACUUGGAGCCAUCAGGAUCAAAAGCAGCUCAGGUGGCGGUCCGGCGACUUGAGGCAGACGUAGUUUCUCGGUGAGCCCGUUGUCUUCCUAAGGCUUCCGCAUGGUACUUUGGUCGAAAGAACAAGACAAAGUGCCCGACCAAAUGUCCUCCGGGGCCGUUGAGACGAAGAAGGAGGGGGGGCCCCUUCCGCCGGCCUUCCUCAACUCCAACUCCACCGUCCACCCGGUGAUCUUCACUCAGGCUACUGAGGAAAGGAACCCAGAAAGCGGCAGUGAGUUUGAGCUGAAAGAGGUCACGCAAAUGGCCAACGAAAGCCCGGAGAAUGGAGAACGGCUGGAGAUUGUAGUGAUGGACUGUCGGGCUAACGCCAAAGGUCAGCGUGAGGAGGAUGCUCUCUUGGAGAACGCCAGCCAGAAUGAGAGCGAUGACACCAGCAACGACCAGAGCCCCGAACCACCGGCACCCCUCAAAGAAACCUCCUUCUCCAUCGGGCUGCAAGUGGUUUUCCCCUUCCUGCUGGCCGGGUUUGGGACAGUGGCGGCGGGAAUGGUGCUCGACAUAGUCCAGCACUGGACCGUGUUUACGGAGGUCUCCGAGGUGUUCAUCCUGGUUCCUGCACUCCUGGGGCUAAAAGGCAACCUGGAGAUGACGCUAGCCUCCAGACUUUCCACAGCAGCAAAUAUUGGUCUGAUGGACACCAACAAGGACAUGUGGAACAUGAUCAUGGGGAACCUGGCUCUCAUCCAGGUCCAGGCCACAGUGGUAGGCUUCCUGGCCUCCAUUGCUGCUGUCAUCUUUGGUUGGAUUCCAGAGGGCCACUUAAGGCUGGGCCACGCAGUGCUGCUUUGUGCCUCCAGUGUGGCCACGGCCUUUAUUGCCUCUCUGCUACUAGGACUCAUCAUGAUUGGCGUGAUCAUUGCAUCCAGAAAGGUCGGCAUCAACCCAGAUAAUGUGGCCACGCCGAUUGCCGCCAGCCUCGGAGACCUGAUCACCCUGUCCCUGCUGGCUGGCAUCUCCACGGGGCUGUACAAGGAACUCGACUACAACAACUACGCCAAUCCUCUGGUGUGUGCCGUGUUUGUGGCCUUGUGUCCGAUAUGGGUGCUGAUAGCCAGGAAGAUCCCAUCUACUAGGGAAGUCCUCUACUCCGGAUGGGAGCCCGUCAUCAUCGCUAUGGCCAUUAGCAGUGUCGGGGGUCUUAUUCUUGACAAGACCGUUACCAACCCAAAUUUUGCUGGCAUGGCUGUCUUCACUCCAGUCAUCAACGGUGUGGGAGGUAAUCUGGUUGCUGUUCAGGCCAGUCGAAUCUCCACCUACCUGCACAUGAAUGGGAUCCCCAUGGGGGAUCCUAACCCUACUUCACAGAACAGGAAGUGCCCCACACCCUGCGCCACUUUCUUCACCUCCACUGUGAACUCCCGUUCAGCACGUGUGCUCUUCCUCCUGGUUGCCCCGGGUCACCUGGUUUUCCUCUAUACCAUCAACUCGCUGAGGGGGGGACACACCACGCUAACCCCCGUCUUUAUCACUUUCUACAUGGGUGCGGCACUGCUCCAGGUGAUGAUCCUGCUCUAUCUAGCGGACUGGAUGGUCCACUGGAUGUGGGGCAGAGGGAUGGACCCCGACAACUUCUCUAUUCCCUACCUGACCGCUCUGGGUGACCUGCUGGGAACCGGCUUCCUCGCCCUCUGCUUCCACAUGCGCUUUUUCAUUGGUGACCGAGACUCCGAUUUGGGAAACUGAUUGCGUUUCCUUCCUUCCUUCCUUCCUUCCUUCCUUCCCUCCUACCUUCCCUCCUUCCUUCCCUCCUUCCCUCCUUCCUUCCUUGCACACGUCAACACUAAUGAUGGAAAACUGGAUGUUUCCUAGAAAAGGGCUAAUCCCUUUGAGGGAAGCUUCUGAUUAAAACUCCAUGCUAUAGUGCUCCGGUUUGCAAUAAUGACUGUGUGCACUGUGGACACGUUGGAAGCUCUUUUGGUCUCUUUCAGCCAGCCCCACAGACUGAUGAUAAGAGAGUCAGUCGCCUGACUCUUGAUAUUACUGUAUGAUUGUAAAUGAUGAUGAUUAUUGUUAUUAUGGGGAAACAAAUCAGCUUGAUAUCCAUUCUAUUUUGAAAGGCUUUCCCUCAUUAUUUUCAAUGGGGGACAUGCCAAGAAAUCACUUUUACAUGAUCAUCUGCAAAAGAAAAAAAAAAGAGCAAAAAAUCUCAAAAUAAAAAAGCCUAACAAGCCAAUAUUCCUUAAUCACCAAGUGCUUUGUCUUGAAAUUCUGUGAAAUCAUUGAAAUGCAAUUGUGCGUAUGGUAGUGCUUUAGCAGAGUGCAUCUGGCUGGCUACUUCAGCUAUACUUUUUUUCUCUUUUACCUUGUUUUUUUGACAGCAAAUUGAGACGGAAUGAGCCAUUGUCAUUCCUAUUUCUGUCCACAGCAUAAUAAAUCACGGUUUAAUAUGCUUUUGUAAAAAGUGGAACGUCAGUCCAUAGGAUCUCAAUGUUAGUUCGUUGGCUGUUGUCGAAACAAGGCGGCUCAUCAUUCUCUUUCCAUUCGUAUUUGACAUAGCCGCACGCGGCAGGCAUUAUGAAGAGAAACGGCAAAACAUUUGGCCAAUUGGGCCCUAAAGCAGGCCACUUGUCACACUUCAGUCAUUAACAAGACACUUAAGGGUCCUGUCCUGUCCUGCUCAGCUCAGCUCAGCUCAGCUCACUAAACCUUCAUGUCCUCCUCACACAUGACCAUGGCUGUGCUUGUAAGAACUCAUGCAUGAUGGCAAGUUUGUCUUAUUAUCCUUUGAAUUUUGGGUCCCCGCUUCAUUUAUCAGGCCAGCAGCCCUCAUCAUUACUGGGGGCCUGGUCCAUUGGCUAAAACAGCACCAAAGACUUACUUCCCAUCAGUCCUCAUAAAGCCAAUUUGAAACGGCUGCCUCCAGGAAGUUUGAUUUCAGCUCCGAUAUAUCCAUGUUGUUCUUGACAUAGGUUGUGGUACAUAAAGUUAGGAGGUUUUUCAAGAAGAGCAAAGCGUUAAAUGGAUGUCAGUUCAGUGUGAACAAUAUACUGGUUUUUCCCUCUGCCUACACUGAAAAGCAACAUUUGGGUUUUCUCAAACUAGUGGACAUUCAGUUUGAAGAAUUAUGUUCAGCCACAACUGUUGGCAAAAUCGGAGAGAAAAUUCGGAGGCCCAAAAUCAAUCAAAUUGAGCGAGCGACAAACUCCUAACUGCCCCCAUUUUUCAUCUCAAUCUCUUUGUUUUUGUGAUACUGAACAUGAAGAAUGAAAUGCAGUUUAUAAUGAGAAAGUCAAGUGGCAUUUUGACCAAUUGCAAAAAGUCCAGCUAAAGGUCACAUGAGAUGCUUGGAUUAUUUGCAACUUGUCAGACUUUGGUCUUAUCUCAAAGGGGCCACAAGUAUACAUGUGCAGUGCACAUACUGGCAAUCUUUUGUUUGGGGAGAAAGUGUAUGGUUUUGUUUUUUUUUAAAUUUCCCUUUAUCACUUGAACUCUCCUUGGUGAUUUGUGUCACAAAUAAGAUUUUGAAGAAAAGAAACCUUUGUAAAGCUGCAAUUUCUCAAAAGCCGGGCCACAACACAAAGUACUGUAAUUUGCCAAUUUGACACUAGAGAGCGCUAGAGAUCCCCCUCCCCCGUUCAAAAUGACCUUGAGGAACAUUAUUUGGAGGGUUUAACUGCAUUUUGUUUAUUCAUACAUCUGUUCAGUUCUCUCUUUUUUUUUUUUUGCUGAUGCUUCUUACUGACCAGGUGGCCAGCCUAUUCUUCUAGUCUAUGUUAAUGGAGAGUUGUGAAUACUUCUAUAAGAGGGCAGAUAAUGGUUUUGUCUAUUUAUUAUUAGAAGCACACAAAGCAAUUUGUACAUACUAUAUUUAUUCUAUAUAUAAGAUUGUUUAUUUUGUCCUGUCAUUGUGGCUCUGUUACUUUGUCACCCCGGUGUCACCUGUUUUUCCCCCCUUCUUUUUUUUUUUGAAAUGUUCCUUUUCUUUUUUGUUUAGAUUUUUUGGCAAAUGGCCAUUAGUUUUGUUUGUUUGGCUGCUUGCCACAGUCGUGGUGAAAUGUUUGCCUAGUGCCUAAUAAUGACCCAAAAUGGCCUUAACUUCUAUGAGAGCCAAGCUCAACUAAGAGUAACCAAUCAGAAGCUUAUCGCCUUAACGAUUUACAAUUCCUUGAUUGUGACAUGCAUUGUAAUGUAAUACGGUAACUUAGCUGUAGUGGAGGGCUGGAAGCAUUGCUUACAUGCCAUGCAUGCACAAACACCUCAGCAGUUUGGCUAUGCAUUUUGUCAAGGGCCUGGGAAGGACAAAAGAAACCUUUGGUCCAGGAAGCCUAAAAAUGUUGCGCAAUGUCAAAGAGCCAACCAAAACCCACGUAGUGCCUUUUUAACCUCAGCGCUGCAACCCUGUUGAACUCACAAGGAACCAGAUGGGCUCCCGGGCUAUUGCUAGCCACAUCUUUGCUGCAUACGAGGCUAAAUUGUAAAAAAGAGAAAUGAUGAUGAUAAUAAUAAUAUGAGAUUUGGGGGUGGCAUGUAUAUUCACACCAGGGCUAAAGCUUGUGGCUUUCCUGUGGCUUCUUUCCUGACUUGCUGGGAAUAAACGACUGUAUUGUUUCAUACCAGU